UUUGCAGUACCUUCCUCCCACAAAAACUGCCUCCGUGUCCUGGUCAGCCAAACAAAUCGCUCCUCUGCCUUGACUCAUUAAUGAUUGAAUCAUAUGCAAACUAGGUUAGACGGCAAUACUGUGCUGUGCUCCAGGGACCCCAGCCUUGUUCUCACCAAGGCAUGUCUGAGGAGUGCUGAUGGAGAGCCAGCGCCCAGCCCUGGGGAUGGCUAUGAAUGAGACAAGUGACUGUUUGAUGAUGAACAGAGUCCUAGAAAAGUAUUAUCUUUCUACCAUGUACAGCCUUGAGUUCAUUUUAGGCUUCAUUGGAAACACCGUUGUUGUGUUUGGCUAUAUUUUCUGCCUGAAAAACUGGAAAAGUGGCAACAUCUACCUGUUCAAUUUAUCAUUGUCAGAUUUAUUAUUUCUGUGUACUCUCCCAAUCCUUGUGAACAGCUACUCCAGAGAUCAGUGGAUAAAGGACCACAUCUUGUGCCACAGCAACCGAUUCCUGUUACAUGCAAACCUGUACGGCAGCAUCCUUUUCCUCACUCUUAUCAGUAUUGACCGAUACAUGCUGAUAAAACACCCUUUCAGAGAACAUCCUCUACAGAAGAGGAAAAUGGCCCUUAUUGUGUCCGCUGCCAUAUGGAUCGGAGUGAUACUGGAACUGCUGCCGCUGAUGUAUUUCCUGGAGGCUACAACGUCUGCCGAUAAUUACAAGUGUCUUGAUUAUGCAAGCUCUGGAGAUCCUGUGAAAAACCUCAUCUAUAGCAUGUUUCUGACUGUCUUUGGAUUCCUUAUCCCUCUCUUGAUCAUGUGCUGCUUCUAUGUGAAGAUGGUUCUUUUUCUUAAAAACAGGAGUGAACAACUCAGUUCCUUCCUGACACUUGAAAAACCUCUCACUUUAGUCAUCCUCACAGUGGUUAUCUUCUCAUUGCUCUUUACUCCCUAUCAUGUAAUGCGCAAUGUCCGACUUGCUUCCCGAAUACCAGCCUUGAAUGUCUCUGUGUGCACGCAGGGCGUCAUCAAUGCCAUUUAUGUCAUCACAAGACCUAUUGCAUUUUUAAAUAGUGCCAUUAAUCCUGUUUUUUAUUUCUUAAUGGGGGACCACUUCAGAGAGAUGUUGAUGGCAAAAAUAAGGCAGCUCUUGAGCAGAUUGACAGCCACUGGCAAAUGAAUGAGUAAGGAGACCUCUUGUAGUGGGAGACAGUGGAGAGGAAACUCUCUUAGGGGCAGAAUUCACCAGUGUACAGUGCCUUUUCUUUUUUUUUUUUUUUUAGAUAACUUUAUGCUAUAGAACAUUUGUGAGCUGAGUGUGUUUCUCUGAAUGCACUUGUUAUUUUACAGGGGACCUCCUUUUGCUAAUCUGACUCUAGCAAAUGAGAAGUGAUGCUUACUCACAUCAGUACAGCAGGAAACUAUGCUUUCAUAGCAGGAUACCUUGUGGCCUGUUUACACUGUAAAUAAAAGAUCAUCAAGGUUGCUCUUAGACAGAAAAUAAUGUUUGCAAACUCUGCAUCUCCUGGGAGGUUUACCUUUCAGAAUAACUAACUGGAACAAUUUACAUUCCCAGCUGAUUUGGCAAGGGUUGGCAUCUUGGAUGUGGCCAAAAAGGAGGGCAUGCAAAGGGAUGGGUGGAACACUCUGUCAGUAUUUCAGAAUGGGGUCAGUGAGUAGGUUGCUAUUUUUGUUUGUAACAAGUACAAGGAGUGCAGAAAGCUGUAAUGUGCAGCUGCUGGUCCUACAACCAUUUCAUGGAAGCUGAGACAGCAUAGAUGUGUGUGUAGACAGGUUCUUUCACACUUUGAUAUUAAAGCUAGAUUCAGCUUGCAGAAAUGAAAAUAAGAAAAUCUAUCAGUUUAGUUCUUAAUUGAGAUUUGAUUAAUAUAUCACUGGGACAACAGUAAUUUUGGCAGUCACUUUUCAAAGUAUAAACUUAUUUAACUUUAGUGUAAUUAUCUCCAGGGGUGAGCAGAAUGUAUAGCUUGCAGCAGACUUUGGACCUUGCAGUUCUAACCUUAUUAAGGGUUCCAAUAAUGAAAUGGGGCUAAUAAGGAGCCAGUUCUCUGUCUAACAUCCCUGCACAAUUGACUGACCUGACUUCAACUAUGAAGCAUGCAGAGAUGGGUGAAGUAAUCAGCUUGUACAAGCUUGGGCUGGGGAAGGACCUGCUGAGAGUGGACACUGGGCUGGGCAGAGUAUGGGCAGCAGUGAAGGCAGGGCAGGGGCACCCCCUCCUCCCCCUGCCUUUCAGCAGGCACUGGAGGAGCCCCUGGUGAAGCACAAGGCGAG